UAAACGAUUUUGCCCUAAAAGAGGCAGCACUUGUUUGGGUGUAACAAGUCCUGAACUGCGUUUCGCAUUUCAUAGGACAUUUAAGUACGCUGUUGAUUUCAAACAUUUGCAAUUGCUAUGACGCCUUUGUGCGUGUUGUGACCUUUCAGCGUGAAAAGGGACAUUUAUCCAAGAGUUAUUUGACAGUGAAUAGCGUGAAAACGAGACAUUUCUACAGAAUGGAAUCCAAUGGAAGUGGCUGUAAACAUGGGUUGGAAGGAGAUCCCGACCUCCAGUUCCUACUUGUAGGAGGAGACCUUCUGAAAGUGCGGUCCCCCUCCUGGAAGAAGACCCGCUUCUUCAAGCUACAGGAGGAUUGCAUGACUAUGUGGCACGAAUCCAAAAAGACCUUUAAGUCAAACCAGACAUUUUCCAUGGAUGACAUCAUGGCAGUGCGAGCUGGCCGCCAGUCGGAAGGUUUCAUGAAGUACACCGAGGAUAAGGUUGAUAAACGCUGCUUCUCCAUCAUCUUUAAAAGUAAUCGUAAGAACCUGGACCUGAUGGCCAGCUCAGAGGAGGAGGCCAAGCAGUGGGUCACCAGUCUGGAGAAGCUCAUCAACAACAUAGGCAACCUCAGUAGCCAGCAGAAUUCUGAGCAUUGGAUCUUCAAUUCUAUGAGAAAAGCAGACAAGAAUCUUGACAACAAGCUGAACCUGAAAGAGCUAAAGGACUUCCUGCACCAUAUCAACAUAGAGGUGGAUGACCGCUAUGCAGGGACAAUCUUCCAGAAAUGUGACACAUCCAAAACUGGCCAUCUUGAGGGGGAGGAGAUUACACAAUUCUACAAAUUUAUGACCCAUCGGGAAGAGAUAGAUGUGAUCUACGGGGAAUACGCCAAAACCUCUGGCUUUAUGAAUGCUGAAAACCUUCUGGAGUUCCUGCUUAAGGAACAGAGGGAAGAAGUGUCACUCACGAAUGCACAGAAACUCAUUGAGAAGUAUGAGUUGGAUGAAAACGCCAAAAAAAAGCAGAUGAUGACCAAAGAUGGCUUCCUGAUGUACCUGCACCGCACAGAGGGAAUGAUCCUCAAGCCUGCUCACAAGGAGGUGUACCAGGAUAUGACUCAGCCCUUUAACCACUACUUCAUUUCUUCAUCCCACAACACUUACCUGAUGGAGGACCAGCUUAAAGGCCCCAGCAGCACAGAGGCCUAUAUCAGGGCCCUCAUCAAGGGCUGCCGCUGUGUGGAGCUAGACUGCUGGGAUGGCUCUGAUGGAGAGCCUGUCAUCUACCAUGGCUACACUCUCACCUCCAAGAUCCUCUUCAAAGACACCAUCAAAGCAAUUAAGGAGUACGCCUUCAAGACCUCUCAGUACCCUGUCAUCCUGUCCCUGGAAAACCACUGUAGUGUUGAACAGCAGAAGAUCAUGGCUCAUCACUUGAGCUCCAUCCUGGGCAGUGCCUUGAUUACCAAGCCCCUGGGAGACAAGAUGCCUACUCACUUCCCCUCCCCAGAGGAACUGAAAGGAAAGAUCUUGAUCAAAGGAAAACGGCUAAAUAAACUUGAGGCCUGCUUUACCCAAGGGGCACCAUUAGAGGUAAAGACAGACCUUCUGACAGAAGAAGAGGACGAUGAAGAUGAUGAAGAGAAUAAGGGAGAGAAGAAGAAAAGCAAGAAGGGAAAAAAGAUAAAGCUAGCAAAUGAGCUGUCGAACAUGGUGGUCUACUGCAAGAGUGUGCACUUCCAGAGCUUUGAAGAUUCUAAAGCUCACCAAGGGUUCUACGAGAUGGCCUCUUUCAAGGAGGGGAUAGCUGUGAGACUUGCAGAGGAGUCAGCGAAUAACUACGUCCGUCACAAUGUGGAUAAGCUAAGCCGUAUCUACCCAGCAGGGUCCAGGACAGACUCCUCUAACUACAACCCUGUUCCAUUGUGGAAUGCAGGCUGCCAGAUUGUGGCCCUCAACUUCCAGACCCCUGAUAAAGAUAUGAAUGUGAACCAAGGGAAAUUCCAGACCAAUGGUAAGAGUGGGUACAUUCUGAAGCCGUCGUUCCUGAGAGACCAGGCUUCCAUGUUCAACCCCCUCACUCUAACCAAAGGAGAGUGGCUGCAACACAAAACCCUCCACAUCAUGGUCAUCUCUGCCCAGCAACUUCCCAAAAUAAACCAGAAAAAGACUUCCAUCGUGGACCCUCUAGUCAGGGUGGAGGUGUACGGCGUCCCAGCUGACGUGGCACAGAAAGAAACCAAGCACAUUGACAACAACGGUUUUAACCCACAAUGGAAUGAGAACUUCAAAUUUAAUGUGCACGUGCCAGAGCUUGCGAUGGUGCGCUUUGUUAUUGAGGACUAUGACUCCAAAUCGUACAAUGAUUUUGUUGCGCAGUACACCCUGCCAUUGACCAGUUUACAGUUGGGAUACAGACAAGUGCCUCUGCUGAACAAGAAUGGAGACGUCCUAUCCUCUGCUGGACUCUUUGUGCAUGUGAUGGUCAUGGACGCUAACUAAGUUGCUGGCUUGUAAAUGGCCUCAUCUCCACGGUGUGCCCAAGACAUUCUUCUACCUCUCUACUAUCACUCAGGACUACAGAUGAAACUUUAGUGGCUUUGGCAUUUUUAUUGACUUUUAUUUUUUAGCUCUUCAAAUAUUAACUUAGAAUCUAUACUAAUUUUUAAACACUACGUAUUUUUUUUAAACUUUUUUCUUGGGCCACUGUUUUUGUAUUUCAAUUGAGAUCAGGAAAAAUAAUAUGCAUGUAUGUAUUAAGAGUACUUGAUCAAAUGUUUAUGAACAAUGCUCAAAUGGUUAGUCAUAAUGUUGCGGUUUCAAUAUAUUAUAAUUGUUUUAACUGACAGAUGUCCAGAAUUUCCUUGAGGAAUUUUAUACUGUUUAUUUAAGUGCUUUUUAUUCAAAUCCUUGUUUUAUAAAUUUCACAAUCACUUCAAUAAGCAUAACUUCAGAUUGUAUGUCCUCAAUCAGGAUUGACAUUGAUCAUUUACUUUACCCAAGACUGUAUACGGUCGUGGCCAUAAGUUUUGGCAAUGACAAAUGUUGUGUUUUGCAAAGUUUGCUGGUUCAGUAUUUGAGGAAAAUGUUUUCACAUGUUUCUAUAGAAUACUGGAAUACAAUAAGGCACAUUUCAUGUUUGCUUUUUUGGGGUGAACAUUUUUAAUAUAUGCAAAUAGUCCCCUCUUUUACAGCAGCCAAUCUGCUCUUAAAAUCCAAUCAGAAUGAUAGUGAUUUCACCUGGCUAAAACUAGUUCACACUUUCCCCUGUGCUGAUAUGACUAACUGAAAUUAUGUUAGCAGUCAUUUUAAAGCCCAGCAAGCUUUGCAAACACAACAUUUCACCCCAACACUUUUGGCCACGGCUAUACUUUCUGGAAUCCACAAUCUGAUAAACAGAGCACACAAACA